AUGGGUUUUUUGAAGACUUUUGCCGCCACGGCGGUGCUGGCUGCCCUUAUUCCCAAUUCUGCUGCUCUGAACGUGGAUUCCAAAUCUAACGUAGCUGUUUAUUAUGGUCAAGGUGCCUACCAGCCUCGGUUGAGUCAUUUCUGCCAGGAAACUUCUCUAGAUAUCAUCAAUAUUGGUUUCAUCAACGUCUUUCCCAAAGCUGUGGGAGAUUGGCCAGGCUCCAAUUUUGGCAAUCAGUGUGAUGGUACCGUUUACGAAGGCACUGAGCUUCUCAAGGGCUGCCACCAGAUAUGGGAUGAUAUUCCCAUCUGUAAGGAACUUGGGAAAACGGUGAUGCUGUCGCUUGGUGGUGAGACUGCCUAUGAAGAUAUUCCCUCUGACGAGGUUGCGGAAUGGUUUGCCGAUUUCCUGUGGUAUUCCUUCGGUCCCCCUGGCCAAAAUGAUACCUUCCCCCGUCCCUUCCUUGACAACCAAGUUGACGGCUUUGAUUUCGAUAUUGAGCAUGAUGGUGGCUAUGGCUAUGCUACUAUGAUUCAACGCCUUCGGAGCCACUUCGCCGACUUCCCAGACGAGACCUUCUACAUCUCUGGUGCACCACAAUGCCAGCUUCCCGAUGCCCAGCUCAGCGAUGCCAUCUCCAACUCGCAUUUUGACUUUAUUUGGGUUCAGUGGUACAAUACAGCCGCUUGUUCGGCCACGAACUUCCUGGAGGAAAAUGGUCUCUUCAACUUCGCUGCAUGGGCUGAGAUUAUUCAAGCCAGCGCCAACCCGGCCGCAAAACUUUUCGUCGGACUGCCAGCAUCUGAACAGGCUGCUGUGGAUGGGUUUUACCUUAGCCCAGCGGAGGUUUACCCUCUUGUGGAUAUCUACAUGAACUUGUACCCCGAUACGUUUGGCGGUAUUAUGCUUUGGGAGGCCACGGCGUCGGAUAACAAUGCGAUCGAUGGUUACAACUAUGCCCAGCAUAUGAAGCACAUCCUCCAUGAAUGUGAUCCAUCCCCGCCGCCGACUUCGACUUCCACCAUCUUCGUGACGCCGACUUCAAAGCCCGUUUCGUCAACACCCUCUAGCCCGGCGGUGCAGACAAGCUCUCAGACACCCUCGUCUGCCCCUGUGUCAUCAAGUCAACCAACCUCCUCGAGCACUUAUGUCGCAUCUUCCACCGCCUCGCCUUCGUCGCCACCGGCUAGCUCUGUUACACCAACGAUUAUUUCAUCUAGUGCAGCACACUCAAGCACCUCGAUCGCAUCUUCCACCGCCUCGCCUUCGUCGCCACCGGCUAGCUCUGUUACACCAACGAUUAUUUCAUCUAGUGCGGCACACUCAAGCACCUCGAUCGCAUCUUCGAGCCCGGUGACUGGCUCUUCCAGCAGCCCGGCCACCUCUCAUUCGGUCUCAUCAAGCACAACUAGCGAGAGCUCCAUUCCAGCCCCAGCGUCAAGCCACAGCCACCCGGCUUCAUCCAACACUUCUGGUUCUGAGAAGCCCUCCACUAAGCCAACUGCUACCCCGAGCGAAACUCCAUGCUCAAGCGAACCCGUCAUUCCCACCCACUCCGUCACAUCCUCAGGCCCUGCUAGCCACUCAAGCUCUCCCUUGCCUGGAAAGUCAACUCAUACUGGAAACCCCUCUGCUUCAGAAUCACUCGGUAGUACUACCACUGGUUCUAGCUCGUCGUCAGCUUCUCGGACUCCAUCACGCACUAUCACCCGGACUCCAGUCUCCAGCCCCCCAAGCUCCACUGGCACUCAUCUGAGCCCCUCAGGCGAUUCUUCGGCCUCCGCCUCCCUGUCAACGACAUCCGGAUCCGCCAUUUCUUCCACCGAGGAGUCGAGUCUUCCACUGGCCCCCAGUCCACUGGAAAGGGCGGCGAGUCUACAACUGGCCCCCAGUCAACCGGAAAUGGUGGAGAGUCUUCCACUACCCCCCCAGUCCACUGGAAAGGGCGGCGAGUCUACAACUGGUCCCCAGUCCACCGGUAAUGGUAGCGAGUCUCAAACUGGUUCAAGUGUUACGGCUUCACCAUCAGUGACAACUGCUGCAUCUGUUACAACACCCCCAACUGUGACCACCAUCAUUGUCACGUCGUACACUGAUAUUUGCCCUACUGGUUUCACCACCAUCACUACAACUAUCACCACUACCAUCUGUCCAGAAGCCACUGCAGGUGUGACCAACCCUCCUUCUGGACUUGCAUCGACUACGCCCUCUAUUCCCGAAGGCUGGACCACUACCGUCAAGGUCUGUGAUAACUGCGCGCCGACACCUACUACCGUCACUUUGACCCUACCAAACCCCAUUCAAACGACCGAGGUUGCCGUGGAAACUUCCCCCGUUCUCGUGACUACUGAAACAUGGACCACAACUGUUACUUUCUGCAAACAUUGCGGCGUCACUGGCUCAUCGGUCACAUUGACCGUCCCUUAUACCACUGUUAUCUCCACUGCGGUGACUGUGGUGACUCCAGGUGCUUCACCUGAACAAGGUGAAGUGACCAUUCCCGGUGGCUUGCCUCAAACUACCAUUGGCAACUCUCAAGGAGCGAUGCCUAGUCAUGGACCAUCGUCAUCCUGGAGCUACAUCAGCGGAGGGGUGCACGCACCUAGCCAAACACCUACGUUCAAGCUCCAUGCUUCAACAACACUGACGGUUCAAAACCCUGCCCCAACUGGCAGUGGUGAAGGUGUGUCACCGGUAUUCAACGCGGCUGGGUCUCAGUCUGGCCUGAUGAGCCUUUUCGGCGUUUCCCUCGCAGCUGUGCUUUCUAUCUGCCUUCUCAUUUGA